CGCCAUCACCUUUUCCUCCUCACCUGCCCGUUUCUUCUACAACUUUCAAUUCUUUUCCUCGUCUUGUUUCUGGCCGACCUAAAAAUACCUCUUCAGCAGUCACCUGUCUCAUUUCUUGAUCGCUGUCACUCGCCGACGUCUCCCCACUGCCUGCACGAUCCGUAUUACCGCUGCGCCUCUUUCUUGCCGGUCUCCGUCGUCGUUGACCUCUCGCUGUUGGACCCCACGACGCAACAAUCCACCACUACCUUGCAAGCUAGUCUCAGAUACAAAAGAAGUUCUCGCAUCGCACCGCUGUCGAACGACCUCCACACGGCCUGUAGUUGAAACCGCGAGGAACGUGCAGUUGCAUCUCACAAUCCUUCGCUUCAUGCGACUAUCCGUUGCUCUUGAUUUCAUCCAGUUACACGACUAAAUCAACCACGCUCAGCUCGGCCCAGCCAAUCCGCAACAGAUCGACAUACUUCUUUUCUCCUUCUAAUUUUCUUCUCUUCUUCACCGCUUCCCAGUUUCCGUCCUCUUAUUUUCAGCCUUCCCCGGACCAGCCUCUUGUCGCAGUUCCCGAUCCUUCAACUUGUAUCCUUGGCAGAGUCGUCGUCCGUCUACUACGUGGACGGGUCGACAAGAAAGACAUAACCAUGGCUCAAACUCAGGCUCAGUCAAAUGUUAUGAGAAGGAAGCUCGUUAUCAUCGGAGACGGUGCUUGCGGCAAAACAUCGCUAUUAUCGGUCUUCACGCUGGGCUAUUUUCCGACUCAUUAUGUUCCCACCGUAUUUGAGAACUACGUUACGGACUGCCGAGUAGAUGGAAGAUCGGUACAACUGGCACUAUGGGAUACCGCGGGGCAAGAAGACUAUGAGCGAUUAAGGCCACUCGCAUACGCAAAAUCACAUGUAAUCCUGAUCGGAUUCAGCGUGGACAGCCCAGACAGUUUAGAGAACGUUCGGCAUAAAUGGAUUGAAGAAGCGAGAGAACGGUGCCCGGACGUGCCCAUCAUUCUGGUUGGCUUGAAAAAGGAUCUUAGAGAGGACCCUCUGGCAAUCGAGGAAAUGCGGAAAAAGAGCUUGAAGUUCGUAACGCCACGAGAAGGAGCAGAAAUGGCCCAGCAAUGCGGAGCUCGAAAAUACCUCGAAUGCUCGAGUCUGACGGGCGAAGGGGUCGACGAUGUCUUUGAAGCAGCCACCAGAGCAGCCCUGUUAACGUUUAAUGGCAAGCAAGGCGGAGGCGGAUGCUGUGUCAUUUUGUGAACCUACUGGGACGAAUGAAUCUCUUUCUAAAAGAGUUACCAUCACAGCCAAAACGGUCGACACGUCGAAUGAUUCUACGAAAUGCCGGGCGCUUCUCCCCCGACUUUGGGAUGUGAGGCAUUUGGAGUUGGGGCAUGUGUCCAAAACCAAUACAAGGCUUUUGACGCAGUAUCCUAGGAUAUUCCACAUCUUGGUAAUUGGGAAUUGGAUGAGCAUUUUCUCCGGAGUCGAGAUGGGAAAACAAAAAAAACCUUUUUUUUAAAGGUGGGCAUCUAGCCGGGGACAUGACUGGCGCCUUCUUCCAAAACACACCACCGCCUGACACAGGUGUGUGUGUGUGGUGUGUAUGUGUAUUGUUUGAAACAUUUAAUGGCCUUUAGCGAAUUAGCACAAUGAUGGGAUUUUCUUUUUCUCUUUUC